ACGAACAUCAGGUUCAUUUGCGUGUGGAUUCUCGCGCAUAGCGACAAUAACAACAACAUGCGACUUCUAGCAUUGCUACCAAUUGCUUUGUGUAUCACGUCUCUCGUGUUGGCCUUCCUAUGCCUCUUUGCGGGUUCCCGACGCGGGUUUAUGGAAGACUAUGCUAUUCUUACGCUCAACACGUCCCGCCUCGGCCAAAACAUCUUCAACACGACCGAAUCUUCCUCUAACCCCUUGGUCAAUUUCCUCGACAACAUCUCCAACACCAUCGAAUCCGAAAUCCAAGACGGAAUCACCGAUGUGGCGCAACAAUUGGGUAUUCAUGAUUUUUACUCGGCACAUCUCAUGACUUAUUGCGAAGGGUAUUACUAUUACAACAACAACAACACUCGCGAUAACGAUAACAAUAAUAACAACAAUGAUGAUGAGGACGCGAAAAAAAACAUCACCAAAUGCUCCAACCGCACAGCCCUCUACAACUUCAACCCUCAAAAAAUUCUCCAACAAGAACUCGACGCAUCCAAGACAGGAAUUGAUUUAUCCGAUCUCAACUGGCCCUCGGACAUCUCCACAGGAUUAAACGCAUUACGCAUAGCCGCAAAAGCGACUUUUGUCCUCUAUUGCAUCGCCAUCGGAUUUAUCGGUAUAGCACUACUCGCAGCCGUAGCCAGUAUAUUUUUCGCGGGCAGAUUGAGUGCGAUUUUGAAUGUGAUAGCGGAUUGGAUGGCGUUUGUGACGUUGGGGAUUGCGAGUGCGAUUGCUACUGCUGUGGCGGUGAAAGGGGCGAGGACGAUUAAUAAAUAUGGUGGAGAGGUCGGGGUGAGUGCGGAUCGAGGGAACAAGUUUCUUGUCAUUACGUGGGUUGCGACGGGGUUGUUGUUGCUUUCUUCUGUCGUGUGGUGUGUGUUGGCUGUUAUGGGGAGAAGGAGGUACAAGGCUGGGACUGUACCGAAGUAUGGUUGAGUCUUUUUGGGAUGGGGGAUUGGCGAAGCAUUGUGAUUUGAUCUCUUGGAGAGGAAUGUGAC